AACUGUAGUAGAAAAGGAUAAACGUACGAUAAGACAUAUAGUGUUGGAAAUGAUGGUGGGUGAUGAUGAUGAAACCUAUGGAAUUGGAGCUGAAAGAGACGAACAUAUGGUGGGUGAUGCUAAUAGAACGUAUAAUGUUGGAUGUCGUUACUUAUUGACUGUUGUAAUGGGAUGA